CAUGCGCGAGCCGACACUCCCCAAACAAUACCUCCCAUGGCAGUUCAAUGUACAUUAUUAUGAACAUGGAAGUCUGUCUCACAGACUUGAUGCCUGCGUGUAUGGUUAAAAGGUGACCUCUCCGGUGUGUUUUAUUAUGUACACGGCCGGCUACAUGCAUAAUGCGUUGUUGCUGCAAGCUUGGCCGUCGGGGGUGAAGGUGCAUUUCGUCAAGUGAGUGUGUCAGCCGUCGUAGGCUUAGGGGUGCGCGCUGAGUGGCGGUCGAGACAGAUAGCAAGGCGAGGCUGCAUAAUUGCUUCUCCGGAGCCGUGCGCGUGUGACGUAUCGCCCGUUCCGGAGCGCGCUGUGGAAAUAAGCCGUACCUGGGAUGUGGUCGUAGGCUCCUGUGAAUACGCCCGUGUACAAGUACACACCCGUACUGUGAGCUCCGAGAGCUGGACAGCACUGGAGGGAAGGAGUACUGCGGCGAAUAUACGGUAGCCAGCCCGUGAUUAAACCUGGAUAACGUGCCCCGGAUAAUCUACUCCACCGUGUUGGAACCAGCUGUCUGGAUUCGUUAAUCUCCUCGAGCCAGAGUCGGGAAUUUUUUUUCUCUCUUCGAUCGACAUCGCCAUUAUUCUUACCAUCAUCGACUAAUUUAGGAUGGCCGGAGAGUACUGUUGCUACCGACUUGUGGAUGUAGCCUUGGUUUCUUUGCUGUUUUUUAGCUGCACUUUUACACAGGGAACAGCCCAGGGAGAGGGCGCUGUUCGAUUGUUCGGAGGUAAUCACGCAUUUCAGGGCUACCUCCAGCUGUACUCUGGGGACAGUUGGGGGACGGUGUGCAGCGACGACGAGUGGGACGAGACCGACGCCAUAGUGGUUUGCAGGCAGAUUGGCGCCAUCGGUGGCGUCAUGUCUCCCAAGAGCGGCCACACAUUCACCAAGGUGGACGGCAGCAUCCCCAUCUACAUGGCAAAGGUCGGCUGUGACGGCACGGAGGAGAGGCUAGGUAGCUGCUCCUCCUCCAACGACACUUCGUCAUGCACGCAUGCUAGUGACGUCAAAAUGGACUGUGUCAUUCCCGGCUUCAAAGCCUGCGUGGUCAACAAUGGCGACCUACCCCUGACCGGCCGGAUCCACAACCAGACCGGAAUGAGCGUCAGUAAGUGUGCGGAGCUCUGCCGCAAGGACGGCUACCACUACGCCGGCGUGGACCCACUCAGCUGCUACUGCGGCUCUGCCGGUGACGAUUUCCGAAAGUACGGAGUGGCGCCCAACACGGAGUGUAUGUCCCUCUGUGGGGGCGGGGCACUGCAGGCAUGCGGAGCUGAGAGACGGAUAGCUGUUCACGAAGUGGUAGUUGGCAGUUGCAGCGGGAGCCUCAAGGCCGGUGCAGGAGCCAUCGCGUCUCCCGAGUUCCCAGGCGCUUACCCGCUGGACGGCCGCACCUGCCAGUGGGUGGUGGAUGUGUCAGAGAACGGCGACACUGCCGUCCGGUUCCCUGUGUUCAACCUUGCCGGGGGAGACGAGAUCCAUAUCUCAAUCGACGGGGGGAAGAACUGGACAGUGUUUAAUGGCACGUAUUACAGCCAAGAAAAUCCACCCUUCGUAGCCACCUUCGAUGAGAACGAACUCCGGGUCAAGUUUGUCAUUGCUGGUUCCUCACAGCGCGACGAGCACGUCUCCUUUGUCCUGACGUUCCAAGAAAACACGAGCUGUGACGUUGUAGAGUUCCCGAACGGUUACCUGGACGUCGUCGACGGUGCUGCCUACAGACCUGGCGACAAAGUGGAGGUUCUGUGUGAAAAGCAGUACAUGACAGAGUGGAAGUACUCCAUUUGUCGAGAAGACGGUCUCUGGCACAGAGCACCAGAGUGUAUAAAAGCGCCACCCGUCGGCCCCUCCCUAGUCUUCACGCAGACGUAUCUAUUUAUGAUGUUGGCAGUCAUGGGCGCCCUAGGCUUGAUCUUCUUCAUGGUCAUCUGUGGUGUUAUUUGCGUCGGUCGGAAAAAAAAGAAAGAGGGUGGCCACGUGGUAGCGGGUACCUGUCAGAGGGAGCAUAUUCAGUAUACGGGUAUAUCUAGGCAGGAGUCGGCCGAACCAACUAAGGCAGAGAAUGAGUACCACAUUGACAUGCACGAAGGCUCCGACAUGGACAUGCAGCACGUUGGAGGUCAAGAGGAGCAGGCUAUCCCCCUGGCUUCUGGCGCGAUGGACGAUUAGCCGGCAUGACGUUUGGGUACAAGACCUCAUAACGCAGCGGGCUAUAUUUAUUUGUAUGCCCUAAACGAGGCUUUGUUACGAUUUUGUAACGACUUCACUGCGAUACACGACGUAAUAUUAGAGGAAAAAAAUGGCUGCCGCGUCAGAGGACUUCAUCGGGUAAAUCGUCUUUCGUAUCACCGUAACAUGGACUUCACGCGACAGGGCUUAAAAGCCAUUUUCAUGCUUUGCACUUCAAAAGCCGUCAUUGGUGAAUAAUUCACUUUUCAAAGAAAUAGUAUUUUUCAUUAAUCUGAAACAGUGAUUGUGUGGCUGCAAAGGUCAAAUUUAACCCCAAAAGCGCCCUCUUACGACGUUGAUCUCCAUCAGUGCUGCAGCGCCAUGUGAUUUCAAGAAAACAGUGUGAUAUGUGUGGCCUCGCUAUUUCAACUUUCAAUUUUAAAUUCUAGGCUGUAGGUGUAUUUCGAACGCGGGCAAAGCUAAAUCCCAUUCGGGAAACCUUUCUGUCGAUUCAUGCACAAAUAGUCUCAAUUCAGUUAGAUAGUAAGACUGUCGAGUGAUGUAGCUUUACAGUGAGUACGUAAUCAGUCAAUAAUCGAAUUGAUUGAUACACUGCGUGUAUGGUGUUUUUAUGAACAGAUCUAAUACUUUGACUUACGUUUUGUUUCGGUGUGGUUCGAGACUUUUGAAACACCGUUAUUAUUACAAACGCCUCAAGACUUUCUCCCCGAGAGUCGCGACCUCAGAGUCACUUGAUUCAGUUCUUUCUCUUCUCUCCACUAUGUCUUGAUACCCUUAAACAUUUUGGAUAUCCAGUAUUUUUGUACAGAAAAAGAAAGCAAAUGGACUUAGACUCUUUGACAGAAUCAAGAUUAUGGUCAUUAAGAGAAAGUAUUUAUUGAAAUGAAGAUUAGACUUCAGCCUGGCGAACUGAAGCUGUGGAACAUGGUUGGUAUUUGCAGCGUAUUCUUGGAAACACAACUUUCCUCUUACGUAUUUAAAGCCUGUGAUUCCUUUCCAGCCCAUUUGCUCUAUUGCAUUGUACAUGUAUAGCAUAUAGCCACAGUCCACAAGCGUCAUGUUAACACUGUAAAUUAAAGAGCACACAGGAGGAAUUUGUACAUCGUUAAUUAAAGUGUUGAGUUACUGUAACUUACUCUUAGAUCUAUCUGUACAAAGUAUAAUUUUUUUAUGAUUCGCAUGGCAACAUUACCCCUUAAAACAAACAAAAAAAAAUGUUUGCAUAUCUUUUAUGAAGAAGGCCUUUCGAGAGAGCAGUAUUAGCGAGCAAACACGUUUUUAUUUUAUGGUGCUCCUUUUAUACAAAAGUCAGACUUCUAUUUAGAAAUAGAUCAACCCAGACCCUGUUUCAUCUUAGAAAGGAAAAAAAAAGAGGGUUUCAGUUUAUCGCAAUUAAUGUCCUCCUUAUAAGUAGAUGUGCUUCGACAAAAGUGACGACUUGUGUGAUUUAGAUUGAAAUAUUGAGGUAGUUGAGUGGCUUUGAUAAUCGAAUGAUUGUAGUUCCAAUUAUUGCCUGCUGUUUGUCAAAAUGUACCGUCAAAAUAAAUUUAUUACGCUCUAUUGACAAAUACUGUGGAAUGCAUUAGUCGGUUUAAGAAGAGAAAUACAGCAAUGGUUAAAAUACAGUGGUCAGAUUAAUCAGGCAAACAGCACUUGGCAAGUCAGAAGUUUAGAGAACAUCGUAAAAUAAGACGUUACCUAAACUACCUUUCGAAAAUUUGUCAAAGGCAGCUGCAAAGGACCUCUCAGCGGGUUCCAGGAACUAAAUGCCUGUUGCAAGUAUUGUACAAGCCGUGCCGUGAUCUUAAAAGGACCGGUGAACUGAUUAAGAUUUUUCUUUUGCAUGAGUCAAAUGCUGUAGCCUAAAGGUGUGUCAAUCGGUCGUGUUUAAUUCCAGGAACAUUAACGUAGACAUGUACGUAUGUGAAACCACGAAUGUAUAAUUAAAAGGUGUAUAUUAGGACUUAAAUUUUUUUCUGUGAAAAUUUAUUGAGGAACGUACUCUGCUGUAUAUAUACUGUUUUUGAGUAUGCGGCUGUAUUAUAGGUGGAAACACAUUUUCCUUCUUUCGUCUGUACCGCUAUCUUCACAACCUGCGAAGCAGCAAUCAAUUCUUGUUUAGAAUUAACUUCUGUUGAAUAAUUGAUCAACUAAUAUUUUUUACAAAUAUUUGUGUUAAAUUCUUGCGUUGUGCGACAACAUUAUGUGCGGUGCCACUGUGAUAUAUUUUACUGUAUUUUCUAUUCGAAUUAAUUUAAAUUUGUUUGCCAAUAGGGUGUGUGUCGGAUUUCCGGUGGAGAAUAUUCUAACCUUGAUUGUUACGCGGAUCACCAAAGCCUACUACAACACGAAACAAAAUAAAGCAAAUCAGAGGUGUUUUUUCAAGUCAUCGUGAAUAUGACACAUAAUGCCUAUCGUCAUAACUAUACUUAAUGGUACUUAGAGGCCUCAAAAGUAGUACUUGGAAGAAUUUCUCAGUAGGUUUAUUAAAUUUACAGCAGAGAUUGCUUCCUCGAAAAGUUUGAACUGAAGUUCAGAUAUAAUACAAAGCAAUGGAAAGCAAUAUUCUUUUAAGACUAAGUUAAGUAUCUAAAUUCGGGUGCCAAAAGGUACCCCAUCUGGUAUCAUUCAUCAGUUCGAUGCACAACUAUUCACGUUAUUUUUGUCAGCUUCAUUUGAGUCGCUGUUGUGACUAACAGACUUAAACUUGUACCAUUCGGUAAUGUCUACCACCAUUCUUAUCAUAAUUGCUGGAAGAUCAAUUGGCAGUUUUCGUCCAUGGGGAAUUUCUUUUGUACCUGGUACUUUGACUUCUUUUUCGAUCUGCAGCAGUGGUAUAUCUGUGGCUCUUCAUUCAUUGCUUGGUACUUGGUGAAGUGGCGUUUAAGCGAUAGCAUUGUGACAUGGACGAUAUUUAUAGUUACAGUUUGUGCAGUUGUAGUUAAUCGUAUUAGACCGUAGUGAGUAAAUGCCGCAGGCUCACUGGUGCACCAGAACAAUGGACAAAUGUUAACAUUGGUGAAUAUGAAUUGUAUAAACAAAUUGUUCGACGAUUGUAUAAUAAAUGGAGUGAGUUAAUUAAAGUCUGGAAGGCUACUGGGACCUCGAAUUGGACAAUUUUCAACGGACGACGGGUAUAACAGGAUAGCAUAUUGAAUUGACUUAACACAACUGCAUUGAUUGAAAGUUGAGAAAUGAAGUCACUAGGCUAUCGAAAUGUAGAAAGAAAUGAGGCGUUAAUGCGCAAUUAAAUAGAACAAUAUUAUCGAGUGAUGUUAGAUGACAAUUGAAGUAAGGGCAAAUAGGCCAGCUCACUGACGACCCAAUUUGUUAAUGAAAACAAGUUGUUUGAAGCUUGCGUUUAACAGACUUUAAGUGUAGGCUAGAGUCGAUGAUAGUUGGACACCAGCAGUUAGGCUUCGAUGAGUCCAGGCUUUUUACGCCUUCUAGGCACCAGACGAAGGCAAGUGACAGACAUUUGAUAAAAGUAGCGUUAUGAUAGCACAGUAAGUCUUUUCAAAGUGGCUGAGGUCAACAUGUGCUGUAUUGUGAAGUGAUUUAUCGUAGAAAAAACCUCGAAUUCCCUUUGUAUUUGUACUGCAUUAAUAUUGUAGACAAGGCCUAUGGUGCCUUAUACGCAUUCCUUUUUUUCGAUGAAUGAGCAAAAUCUUGUUUGAUAUACACGGGUUACUCAACAUCAAUGCGCUGCUGUGAGCAUAUGGUUAGCCUGGUUGAAUGGUAAAAAGUUGUACCGUCAUUGGUUAGAUAUAUACACGUGUAGUUAGCCACUACAAAUUGUGAAUACAGUGUUUCGUAUGUAAAGGCCAGGCUAGGCUGUAAUGUAAAACAGUUACUCCAACAUGACGUUUGAAUUUCAACUGAAGAGGAUCACUUGUGUGUGGAUAUUUUGUCAAAAACGUCAUUUAUUGCUGGAUAUUAAAAAAAAAUAAGUUUCAGAAAAUUCA